AGAGAGACAUUGAGAGCAAUAGAGAGAGAGAUCUGAAUUUUUCUGCUCGAGAAGGAAGACGAGAUCUGGAUUUGGCGACGAUGAGUUACGGAUGGGCGAUAUACGAAGGCACGGUGGUUAUGGCUUCACUGUGUCUUUUAGGAUGGGCUGGUUUAUGGUUUCUUAAUCGGAGACUAUACAAAGAGUAUGAAGAGAAACGAGCUUUGGUUCAAAUCAUUUUCAGUGUCGUCUUCGCUUUCUCUUGUAAUCUAUUGCAGCUUGUUUUGUUCGAGAUCAUACCUGUUCUGUCUAGAGAGGCAAGGAUGAUAAACUGGAAGGUGGAUCUUUUUUGUUUAAUACUACUUCUCGUUUUCAUGUUGCCAUAUUACCACUGCUAUUUGAUGCUUCGUAAUAGUGGUGUAAGAAGGGACCGUGCCUCUGUUGGGGCUUUCUUAUUCUUGUCAGCAUUCCUUUACGCAUUCUGGCGUAUGGGAGUUCAUUUCCCUAUGCCUUCAGCAGAUAAAGGUUUUUUUACCAUGCCUCAGCUGGUCAGUAGAAUUGGGGUCAUUGGUGUGACCUUAAUGGCUGUCUUAUCAGGAUUUGGAGCUGUAAAUUUACCCUACAGCUAUAUAUCCCUCUUCAUAAGGGAGAUUGAAGAAGCAGAUAUAAUAUCUUUGGAAAGGCAACUGAUGCAGUCAACUGAGACGUGCAUAGCAAAGAAGAAGAAAAUUAUUUUGUGUCAGUUGGAGGUGGAACGAAAUCAAGGAUCAGAAGAGAAUCAGAAACGUAGCUCUUUCUUCAGAAGAAUUGUUGGGACUGUUGUGCGGUCGGUUCAAGAUGACCAAAAGGAACAAGACAUAAAAAUAUUGGAAGCGGAGGUGGAAGCCUUAGAGGAGCUGUCAAAACAGUUAUUUUUGGAAGUAUAUGAGCUGCGUCAAGCAAAGGAUGCUGCUGCUUAUUCUAGAACUUGGAAGGGUCAUGUGCAGAACUUACUUGGUUAUGCAUGCUCCAUUUAUUGUGUGUAUAAAAUGUUGAAGUCGCUACAAAGUGUUGUCUUCAAAGAGGCCGGUACAAAAGACCCUGUCACGACGAUGAUCAGCAUAUUCUUGCGGUUGUUUGAUAUAGGAGUAGAUGCCGCACUCCUCUCACAGUAUAUAUCCCUGUUGUUCAUUGGGAUGUUGAUUGUGAUUUCUGUGAGGGGAUUCUUGACGAACCUGAUGAAGUUUUUCUUUGCAGUCUCGAGAGUGGGAAGUGGGUCUUCAAGCAAUGUUGUGCUUUUCCUAUCUGAAAUCAUGGGAAUGUACUUUUUGUCUUCAAUUCUUCUUAUCAGAAAAAGCUUGAGAAAUGAGUACAGGGGAAUCAUAACAGAUGUGUUGGGUGGAGAUAUUCAGUUUGAUUUCUAUCAUCGAUGGUUUGAUGCAAUUUUUGUGGCGAGCGCUUUUCUUUCUCUCCUUUUGCUUUCCGCACAUUACACGUCUCGUCAAUCUGAUAAGCACGCCAUCGAGUAAAUUUCUUAUUCGAUUCUGGUGCCUGAGAGAGUCCUAUUAUUAUUUGGCCUUACACAAACUAAAAUCAAUUUACUACUAGCAAUGGGGGCUUAGUGUAUAGCUUACGAUUGGCUAUUUGUUUAUUUUUGACGCUUAUGUGAAAGAUUAAACUGAUCAGUUCAAA